CUUCAAAACACCUCACAUGGCGCUUGGCUGUCUCGCAGAGGCAGAGCCCAGUGACGAAGACAAUCCACCCCAUUAUCAUCUCAUUUUUCUCUCUCUCAGCUGAGACAAAAAAAUUCACUUUGUGGGUCCCACUUUCGGUGCAAGAUAAAGGCAUGCACUGCAUUAUACACAGUCCCUUUUCUUUUCUUUCAAAAUUUUCGGCUCAUCCCAAACUACCCAUUUUGGAUCUUUCAAAGAUUUCCAAAGCUUCAAUUCAGUUCCCAACUGUUAACAGAAUAUAUUGCAAGAAAGUGCGGAAUGUUUCCGGAAGGAUCAGAUAUAUAGCAGGCAAUGGCUUAUUUUGGUACUGUUGACCCCGCAUUGCAGGGUGCAGGAGCAAAGCCUGGUUUAGAAAUCUGGUGUGUUGAGAACAUUCAGUUGGUUCCUGUUCCAAGGUCUUCACAUGGGAAGUUCUUUUCUGGAAGUGCAUAUAUAGCUUUGAAUACUUUUUUGCUCAAAAAUGGCACUCAGCAACAUGAUAUCCAUUAUUGGCUCGGAAAGGAUGCCAAUGAGGUGGACUCUGCCCUUGCAUCAGACAAAGCACUUGAAUUGGAUGAAGCCCUGGGGUCCCAUGUUGUGCAAUAUAGAGAAGUUCAAGGUCAAGAAACUGAGUUAUUCUUGUCAUACUUUAAACCCUGUAUUAUCCCGAUUGAAGGAGUGUUUUCUUCGGGACCAGGGCAUGCAAAUAGUGAAACAUACCAAAUCAGCUUGCUAACAUGCAAGGGAGACCGUGUUGUUCACGUUAAAGAGGUGCCUUUUACUAGAACAUCCUUGAACCACAAUGAUGUGUUCAUUCUUGACACAGCAUCAAAAAUUUUCCUUUUCAGCGGCUGCAAUUCCAGCACACAAGAAAGAGCUAAGGCUUUGGAAGUUGUUCAGUACAUCAAAGAGAAUAAGCAUGGGGGGAAUUGUGAGGUUGCAACUAUAGAUGAUGGAAAAUUUGUUGGUGAUCCAGAUGUUGGGGAAUUUUGGAGCUUGUUUGGUGGAUAUGCUCCCAUUCCCCGGGAUUCACCCUCUACUGUUCAGGAACAACCUGAUAUUUCAACUGUAAAACUAUUCUGGAUAAAUACUCAGGGGAAACUAUGUCAAAGUGGGAGUGACAAUUUGAAUAAAGAAAUGCUUGACUCAAACAAGUGUUAUAUGUUGGAUUGUGAUGCUGAACUUUUUGCUUGGAUGGGAAGAAAUACCUCGAUCACAGAACGGAAGACUUCAAUCUCAGCUGUAGAAGAUUUUGUCAGAUCUCAAGGAAGAUCAGUUGGUACCCAUUUAACUUUCUUAACUGAAGGAUCAGAAACUGCAUUGUUUAGGUCAUAUUUUGAUAGUUGGCCAACAGUUGAACCAAAGCUGUAUGAAGAAGGUCGAGGAAAAGUAGCAGCAAUAUUUAAGCAGCAUGGUUAUGACGUCAAAGAGCUACCUGAUGAAGACUGCCAGCCAUUUAUAGAUUGCAACGGCACAUUAAAGGUUUGGCGGGUAAAUGGCGAUGAAGUAUCCCUUGUUCGUGCUGCGGAACAGGCAAAGCUUUAUAGUGGUGACUGCUAUAUUGUGCAGUAUGCAUAUGCUGGCAGUGGGAGGGAGGAGAAUCUAUUCUAUGCAUGGCUUGGUUGCAGGAGUGCAAUGGAAGAUAAGGCUGAUGCUAUUUCCCAUAUGAACGCCAUCAUCAAUUCAACCAAGGGAGAUCCAGUUUUGGCUCAAAUUGUCGAAGGAAAGGAACCAGUGCAAUUUUUCUUUAUCUUUCAGACAUUGAUUAUUUUUAAGGGAGGUAUGAGUACACGAUACAAGAGGUCUAUAGCAGAAAAAGGUGUUCUUGAUGAAACUUAUGAUGACACAAAGACAGCUCUUUUUCGAGUUCAAGGAAAGAGUUUGAACAACAUGCAAGCAAUUCAAGUUGAUCAGGUUUCAAGUUCUCUUAAUUCAUCCUAUUGCUACAUCCUGAAGGCUCAGACAUCUAUCUUCACGUGGUUUGGAAAUCUCACCUCAGCUACAGAUCAUGAUCUUGUGGACAGAAUGCUGGAUCUUAUAAAUCCAACAUGGCAACCUAUAUUAGUGAGGGAAGGUACUGAACCAGAUCUUUUCUGGAAUGCACUGGGUGGAAAGGGCGAAUACCCAAGGGAAAAAGAGAAUAACACAUUCAUGGAUGAUCCCCAUUUGUUUAUAUGUGCCUUUACUGAAGGAAAUUCAGCAGGUGAUUUCAAGGCAAAAGAGAUAUAUAACUACUCUCAGGAUGAUCUAACUACUGAAGAUGUGCUAGUACUGGACUGCCACAGUGAAAUUUAUGUUUGGAUUGGACGCCAUUCAAAUAUCGGACCAAAACAAGAGGCCCUUACUAUUGGUCUUAAAUUCGUGGAGAUGGACAUCCUGGUUGAAGGCCUUUCUUCAGAGAGUCCAAUUUAUGUUGUUACAGAAGGGUACGAGCCAGCAUUUUUCACGCGAUUCUUCGAAUGGGAUUCCUCAAAGGCCAACAUGCUCGGCAAUUCAUUUGAGCGGAAGCUUGCUAUUUUAAAGGGUGAAGCACAGAAAAUGGAAGCAAAUUUACGAAGUUCGUGGAAAGCAUACUCAAUGGAGACUGCCCCAAAUGGUGUAAGAAGCCGGUCUGUUGGCCCCAAUGGACUGGCAAGAGGUUCAUCUCCUGCAUCCAGUGUUUUAGGCUCAAGUGUCAAGUCUUCAUACAAUCGCCGAUUUUCAAGCCCCCCUCCAAUUACCCCGAAGCUCUUUUCAGGAUCUUCUCCCAAUCUUGGUGAUGCUGAUGGAUCAUUGGUAUCUACUAUUCCGUCUGGAAAUGCCGGAAUUCAUGAUGGUGUAAACUUGUUAAUCUAUCCAUAUGAGCGGUUGAAAGUGGUGUCAAAUGACCCGGUAACGGGCAUAGAUGUGACCAAAAGAGAGGCAUAUUUAUCGAACGAGGAGUUCCAAGAGAUAUUCAAAAUGUCAAGGAAAGCCUUCUAUGAGCUUCCUAAAUGGAGACAGAACAAGCUUAAGAUAUCUCUCCAUCUUUUCUAGGGUUUAUGGACUAACCUGAUCUUUUUCUUCUUACUAGAGACUGUUUUUCAGUGUUUGAAACCGAGAUCUAGCCUGUCGGACCCUCAGAUCAUGCUUUUUUGAUCAUCUAUAUCCUAAACUUUUUGUGAUCUUUUUUGAAGAAUCCUUAUCAAAGCUAUUCUUAGCUUAAGGAAACUUGGUUGAGUACUUGUUUGGCUGUUUUAAUUGUGAAAGAGUAUUUUUGAAGAAUCUUCUAUCAAAGCUAUCCUUAGCUUAAGAAAACUUGGUUGAGUACUUAAAUUAAAUAUAUUUGAUAUAAAAUACAUGGCACCAUUGAGAAAGAA